CCGAUUUAUAAGUAUUAUUGGUAGAGAAAGGAGAGGGGGGGGAGGAGGAGGAGGAGAGAGGAUCCAUCCCCUUCUCUUCAUUAAAGUAAUAUAUUUUUUUCAAGAUAAAAAAAAAAGAAUAAUAAUGGAUGAUACAUUGGAUCAAGUACGUGAAAAAUGUGCACUUCAACUUGACAUGUAUCAAAAAUGUGUAGAAAAUUAUCCACAAAGUUGGGAUAAAAGUUGUAUUCAACAAAAGAAAGCUUUAACGAAAUGUUCAGAAGAAAAUGUUGGCAUCUUAAAAUACGUUAAAGAACAUUGUACGGCUCAAAUUAAGGCUUAUGACCAAUGUCUUGCUGUUAAUGCUGACAAACCCGAUGAAUGUAUACAAGCCUUGAAGGAUUUAUAUCUUUGUACUGAAGCAACGUCCAUUGUCUAUCGCGAUCAACAAAAAGAAAAAUUAAAAAAUUCGACACAACAAGAAUAAUAAAAAUGUUAAUGGGUGGAGGAAUUGCGUAUUACAUAAUCAGUUUAUUAUUAUACAUGGAUAUCUUUUACACCUUUUUGGGAAUAAGUUUCAAAUUGUUUUCUACCCUUUCGAAGCAUAUACUCGAUAGUUGCAAAAUCUGAUUUCCUAAUAUCAUGUUCUCUAAACUCUUUACGUAUGAAGGCAUAAAAUCGAGGUCUUGAUUCCUAAAUGAAUAAACGUUAAAGUCUUUUUUUUUUUUUUUUUUUUU